GUCAUGUGGCUCAUGUCAUUUGAUUUACCGUUAAGGGAGCCAUCUGAGUGGUAGAGACCGCCCCAGUCUCCGCUGCUGCAUCCAACGCGCUUUCGCACUUGAGUUCAUUCACACACACUUUUCCCACCGGGAUGGAGCCGCUUCAGCCAGCGCGCAGAGCCAGCAGGGAGCACACACGCUUCCACACAGCACACAUGGCUGCGAAUUUUUGGAGAAUAUUUUCUAUCUUCAUUUGGAUACUAACACUAGUUUCAAGUUCGAGGACGAGGAUUUACCCACCUAACGAGGUGACCCUACUGGAUACCAGGACAGUGCCAGGAGAGCUGAAAUGGGCAGCCAGUCCAUCAGAGGGUGGGUGGGAAGAGGUGAGCAUUAUGGAUGAGAAGAAUAUCCCCAUCAGAACAUAUCAGGUGUGUAACGUCCUAGCACCCAAUCAAAACAACUGGCUGAGGACAGACUGGAUCCCUCGAUCUGGGGCUCAGCGGGUCUACGUUGAAGUCAAGUUCACCCUGAGAGACUGUAACAGCCUGCCAGGAGUCACCGGCACCUGCAAGGAGACAUUUAAUUUGUACUACCACGAGUCAAAUGAAGACAGAGACAGCUACAUCAAAGAGAGCAACUUCAUUAAAGUGGACACUGUGGCAGCAGAUGAGAGCUUCACACAGGUGGACGUCGGAGACCGCAUCAUGAAACUGAACACUGAGGUGCGAGACGUGAAGGUCACGACCCGGAAGGGUUUCUACCUGGCCUUUCAGGACGUUGGCGCAUGCAUCGCAUUGGUUUCCGUCAGGGUUUUUUACAAAACCUGCCCGCUCACCAUCCGUAAUCUGGCAACCUUUCCCGACACCAUUACCGGGGCUGACAUGUCCUCCUUGGUGGAGGUCAGGGGGUCUUGUGUCAACCAAUCAGAAGAGAGAGAGGAACCUAAAAUGUACUGUGGCGCUGAUGGAGAGUGGUUGGUUCCUAUUGGUGGAUGUCUCUGCAACCCAGGAUAUGAAGAGAAGGGGGGUGCAUGUAAAGCCUGUUCUGUUGGUUUCUACAAGGCCAGGUCUUCAGAUGCUGGAUGCUUUAAGUGUCCUCCUCACAGCCACUCGCUCAGAGACGGUGCCAGUGUCUGCGACUGCAACUCUGGAUUCUUCCGUGCCGAUAGCGACCCUCCCUCUAUGGCUUGUACCCAGCCGCCCUCAGCCCCACAACAGCUCAUCUCAGUUGUGAAUGAAACCUCGGUGGUCUUGGAGUGGGCCCCCCCUCGGAGGCUGGGAGGAAGAAGUGACACCAGCUACGGCCUGGAGUGUCUCAUCUGUCAAACGGGCAGCCACAGUCAGACUGACAGUAAAGCCCUCCCCAGAAAUCACAGCCUUUCCCAGCCCGAGGCUCAGCACAGUGACCUGGGGAUGCAGUCAGACCAGGGGAUUGUGGGAUCUGAAGUCCAGGCAGGGAGAGGUGUAUUUCAGAGCAGACCAAUACCCAGGGAUUACCCUAGACUCAGUUCUGGCUCCAGCUCUCAGCUGUGCCUGCCCUGUGGCUCCGACGUGCUCUUCUCCCCGGGCCAGACCGACCUGAAAACCACCAGGGUGGUGGUGAGCGAGCUGAGGGCUCACACACACUACACCUUCAUCAUCCAUGCACGCAACGGGGUCUCCCAGGCCAGCGGUGCAGGGGCAUCCCAGAGCGUGUCUGUCACCAUCACCACCAACCAAGCUGCUCCCUCCCCAGUGCCGUCCAUCCAAGCCACCGACGUCACCAGGCACAGCUUGUCGUUGUCGUGGCAACAGCCGGAUCGACCCAACGGGGUCAUCCUGGAAUACGAGGUCAAGUUUUAUGAAAAGGAUCAGAGAGAGAGAUCCUACCGCAUAAUGAGGACCUUCUCUCGGAGCGCCCAUGUCACAGGUCUCAACCCCCUCACUGUGUAUGUGUUCCACGUACGUGCUCGCACAGCUGCUGGGUACGGAGAGUUCAGUGCUCCCUUUGAAUUCUCCACUAAUUCAGAUCCCUUCCCUCUGAUUGGAGAAGGAGUUAACUCAGCCUUCAUGCUGCUGUCUGUCAGCGGGGUUGGAAUUUUACUGCUGAUAUCUGCAGCUAUCUUCAUCAUUAGCCGCAGGAGGAGCAAGUACAGUAAAACAAAACAGGACUCAGAGGAGGAGAAGCAUCUUAACCCAGGAGUCAAAAUCUAUGUGGACCCGUUCACCUAUGAAGACCCUGACCAGGCCAUCCACGAGUUUGCCAAAGAAAUUGAUGUUAACAGUAUUCACAUCGAGAGAGUUAUUGGCAUGGGAGAGUUCGGGGAGGUGUGCAGUGGUCGGCUGCAUGUGCAAGGAAAGAGGGAGAUCUACGUGGCCAUCAAGAGUCUGAAGGCGGGCUACUCUGACAAACAGAGGAGGGACUUCCUGUCUGAGGCCUCCAUCAUGGGACAGUUUGACCACCCGAACAUCAUCAGGCUGGAGGGUGUCGUCACCAGAUGCAAACCAUUGAUGAUUAUCACAGAAUACAUGGAAAAUGGAUCCCUGGAUGCUUUUCUUCGUAAACAUGAUGGCCAGUUCACAGUGAUCCAGCUGGUCGGCAUGCUGCGCGGCAUCGCCUCAGGAAUGAAGUACCUGUCAGAUAUGAGCUACGUUCACAGAGACCUGGCAGCUCGAAACAUCCUGGUCAACAGCAAUCUGGUGUGCAAGGUGUCAGACUUUGGCCUGAGCCGAGUUCUGGAGGACGACCCGGAGGCUGCCUACACUACAAGGGAGGCCACUGGGACUUAUCUUUCCCCUGGAGGAAAAAUCCCCAUCAGAUGGACAGCUCCAGAGGCCAUAGCCUACAGGAAGUUCACCACGGCCAGUGAUGUGUGGAGUUAUGGUAUUGUCAUGUGGGAAGUUGUUUCGUAUGGAGAGAGACCCUACUGGGACAUGAACAACCAGGAUGUGAUUAAAGCGAUAGAAGAAGGCUACCGCCUGCCGGCUCCCAUGGACUGUCCUGUCGUGUUGCACCAGCUCAUGUUGGACUGUUGGGAGCGGGAGCGAGCAGAGAGACCCACUUUCAGCCAGAUACUCAACAUGUUGGAUAAACUCAUCCGUAACCCUGGUACUCUGCGUCGGACUGGAGGGGAGAGACCCACACCCACCAUGGUGGAGUCAGGGGUGGGUUCAGAGGUGUGUGUGGUCGUACCAGGUGUGUGUGUGUCCGAAUGGUCGGUGUGUGAGUGGUUGCAGUCUGUUGGGUUGGAGAGGUACAGAGACACCCUGGCGGCAGCAGGUUAUACCAGCCUUGAAAGCCUCCUGGCUCUCACACACCAGGAGCUGGAUAGACUCGGAAUAAUCACACCAACACACCGAGACAUACUAAUUGCUAGUGUGCAGCAGGAAAUGUUGUCUCAGAUGCAGCACAUGCAACACACAAUGGUUCCGGUCUGAGCCGAAGAAUGGACACAAACCUGUUUUUGAGAAGAAUUCCAUUUACCUCAUCCAUGCACUUUAGAGGGACUUUUCACCAGUGGAAAUACAAUGAGCGGAGCAAAGUAUAAAUACGAAGUGACAAGAAGACAGAGGGAAAAGCAGCACUUUUGUGAACUUUCAUCCUGUGGAGUUUUCUAAGAAACACAUGAUCUGGAUGUGGCAUCAGCUAGCGCUAAGCUAUCUGGAGCUUAGGCCGAAGCCUCAUCAUCUACUCCAGUUUUAUUUUUUCAUUAUUUUAUU